ACAUUAAUUUAUUUGAAUUGGUAACUUACGAGGAAGUGCGCCUGACGCUUUUUGGCAUCAUUAACCAUCUACGCCAACGCGGUUUCUGCGGCUCGCGGGCGUUGCAAAGCCAGGGUUUAGAGAUCACGCAUCCGCGCAAAGACAUCACGAAUGACGUCUUUGGACGCUACAUAUACGUUACUCUGUGGCUUUGGGAAGGGAUUCAAAAACCUUGACCGACGUACACAAGAGGCUACUCCGCUGGCGAGCGCUCGCCUCUCCACUCCGCCAGCGGCUGUAACCAGACCGCGUUAAAUGUCUCGCUUUUAUUUUAAGGUUUAGAAGCGCAGCUUAAUAAUAAGAACAGGGAGGGGGGGGCGAUAUAUAUUCUUUCUCUUUAUUUCUCGCACUCCGUUUCUCUCUCCCUCUCUCUCUCCCUGCCUCUCCCACUCUGGGUCGAGCGACUCUGCCAAAUAGCGCAGAGAGCCAGGCGUGGCGAUCAGCACCCGCGCAUUGUGGACAGCUCCUGGCUGCUGAAGAGCCGAGAAAGGCGGCGACUGAGAAUUCCGUUCCUCUCUUUUACCGGCAAGCCCAAAAGACAAAACCGCGAACCAGCAAAGCACCGCGGAAUGAUGACUUGCAAACUGCCUUACCAAGCCGUCAUGCUGCUGUCCAUCGCUACCCUGCGCUAUCACGGUGCCUGCUGUCUGGCGGCUGUUCCUCCAUACCCAACGGCGCGCAGCCUGGGCAACGACUUGGACUACGAGCCGCAGUUGGGUUCAUUCGUCGGGGAGGACGCCCCGCCCGACGGAGUCGAACCCCCCGAGAGCCCCGUACAAGACGAUCACGCCCUCUACAACCUCCUCUACAACGCCAUGAAGAGAACGGAGAGACACGCGGAUUCCAUCUACACCCAUUUCUACAGCAAGUACUACGGCAGAAAGGCGGCCAAGAACAUAUUGAGGAAAUUAAUUGCAGGAAAACGAACGUCCCGAGGACAGAAACGACAUCGCAUUUCUGGAGAAACCUACCCUGAUCGUGUCGGCCACUUCUCGGUGCAAGACGGGGACGAUAGCAGCAUUGCCGAACCGUCCAAGCGCCACUCGGACGGACUAUUCACCGACCUGUACAGCCGUUCCCACGGAGGCUUUGAGCGAGAAGCGCGUGUGUCCUCGCUGGCCUCCAUGCUGACCGGGCUUAAGCCCAUGGACAGACCGCUGCGCGGACACUUAGUUUCUGCCCUGGCCCCGCCGGUAAGUGUCCUGACCAGACACACCUCGCCUGAGCCCCCGCCAGAUUUUAAUUUGCACUGCCUUAGGGCUUCCCUUCCACGCACAGAGUAACAAACAAAAAUAAAAAAUAAAACGCCUUUCAGCCGCCCACCAGCGUCAGCUUGCUAGCACGACCGAGGGCUCGUCCAAUUGGGGGGGAGGGAGGGGGGAACAGACCAAAAAACAAAAAUCGAUCUUCGGUUCUCGACGAGUCGGUCCGUAGUGGAGCCGCGGCGGUGGGGAGGCGGUCGUGGUGGGGUCACGCGUGUCCAACCACACGCGUGUCAGACCACGCGCAUGCCCACCGCCAGGCCCCCGCCACGCGUGUGGUUAGACUGGAGCCAAAGUGUGCCCCCCCCCCCACCCCCCAGAACUUGUGGCACGUGUCGCGUCGCCGCCGCACUUCUAGCGGCGGUACAAAUUUGCGAGCCCGUUUCUGCCCGAAACAAAAAAAUUGUCUUAACGCGCGGCGUCCGCAGGCAGGCUUAGUGACGCGCUGCGGGUUUUGUCGCCGUUGUUUCGAAGGCGUAAACAAAAACAUUCACGAUGGGGGAGUGGGUGGGGUGGUGGCGGGGGUUUCAAUCGAUAAUUGUAAUAGUCACACAUAAGCCCUGUUUUGUAUUUGUGAUGGUAACAGCAACUGUUUGGCUGAACUGUCCUAUUUGCAACACACGUUAAAACCUGAACAUGCCUGUGCAGUGACUACAUUGCGUAAAAAAAAAAAAACUGAUGCUGUUUCAUUGUGUGUGCGUAGUUGACGUGCUAUGUAUGCGUAGGUUGGAUCAGUCAUCGUCUAUACGCGUUGGCAGUCAAUUAAGAAACGAGAGAGAAACAAAAUCGAAUAGAAUCUGAAUUCGGAUAUACAAAUUUGUUUAUCGCGUUUAAAAUUCAAGCGCUGUCCUUACGGAUAAUAUAGCGACGCCGUUUCAGCUGCUGACAUGUUCGAGUUUGCGUUACGAUAAACUGUUACGAGCCUAAACGCUAAUGCCGGAGAGACAAUUACAUAUUGACCGGCGCCGCAGCCGCGAAUAUUUACGAGUGACUAACGGCACGCAAGCCUCGCGAAUGAAGCCUCUGACGCAACGAACAUGAAUCCAAUAAACACCACGGCGCUCGCACGCAGAGACAACUGCCAGCGGAAGCGUCUCGGGGCAAUUACCCCCGGACCAAAUCUUGAAUCACUUGAAAAGUUUGUUGUUGUUGUCGUUGUCAUUGCUGCCCAUGAUCCUAUUUCCAAAAGAUGCUCCCCGCUCCAUAUGCCGUUGCCGUGAUGUUUACUGGGCAUGCUCCUGCCGUGCAUUGGUUAUUCGUGCGGCAGGAGGCGCUUGGACGACGGCAACUUAAGAUGCCGUGGCCAGGUCGCCCCCGGCCACUUCCCGGACGAGGAUCCGCUCGCGAUCCCACAAUCUCGGCCACCUGGCGGCCAAAUCUCUCGCCCUCAAUUUUGGGGAGGGUUGCUCUCGAGAGGCGAAUUUAUUAGAUGGCAUCGAAUCUUAGUUGGGGGGGGGGGUGGAAUUAAAAAAGUAAACUUCCGAGUCAAUUCAGGCAUGCUUACGUCAGCUUUCGUGUGUCUGAAGGCUCUACAGAUGUAGAACGAAGACAGCUGUGGCGGCAGUGGCAACGAAACCGGUGUCUUGACUGCCUGACAGACACACACACACGCGCACGUGCGCGCACGGACACACGGACACACAGGCUAUGCCCACAUGCCUGACCUUAAACAUUCCAUAUAUGCUGGUUUACAAGGUUUACAGUAGUCGUAACUGCCUGCUUGUGUUACUGAUGUGCACUGUUUACGUAAUGGACCUUUGUUUUGCGUUCACACAAGUGGUGUUUUUGGACUUGUUUAUUGCUAAGGUUUAAAGCAAAAAUGAUAAAGUGAAAAAAAAAACAUACGUACGUAUAUAUAAAAAAAAUUGCACGAUUUAGACAUUGUCCAGGUUUGUACUGGAUAUCCUAUGCUUCGAUAGUGUGCUUAUAGCCAAUACUGCGGAAUGCACAGUCCAUUCCCUCUUAGACACCACAAGUUUACACGGAAACUUCAGAUGCACCAGCCGUCAGAAUAUACAGAUCAACUUUAUUGCAAAAUGUAUAGUUUGCGGUCAUUAAUAAACGUUAUCAUUUUUAACAUGCA